UAUAUACCCUCUCCAUCUCAUCCCACCUCUCAAUCGCAACCAACCAAGCAACCCCUCCACACUGACAGAAGCAAGGUAGAGGGAGAAAGCUAGAGAGAGAGAGAGAGAUGAGACCGGGGAGAGGAGGAGGAGCAGGAGGAGAAGGUGUGGAGGUGGCGCUAAUGGGUGGCGGGACGCCGAGCCUGUGGAGAACGCCGACGCCGUACCUGUUCCUGGCGUUCGCGGUCAUGAUGGGCCUCAUCGCGGUGGCGCUGCUCGUGCUCAUCUGCACGCGCCGCAAGACGUCCUCGAGGCAGGAGGCCGACGAGAAGGCCGCGUUCGGGAGGGUGCUCGUGCCGCUCGACAGGGAGCCCAAGGUCGUCGUCAUCAUGGCCGGCGAACACGCGCCGUCCUUCCUCGCCAGCGCCAAGCCGCUCGCCUUCGUCCCCGCCCCCGCCCCACGCGGCGCUGAGGCUGACGGCGCCGCAGCCGUGUAGGCGCGGCCGCACGCGCGAGCGAACACCCGCGUGGCGAAGCGGCGACACGUGGCCAAUUUUGUCGAUACAUUUUCUUUGGUUUUUUUUUUUGGCUUGGAGUUCGCCGGCGGUGAGCCGAUCGAGCGCCGCCCAGACGGCGGCUUUGAAAUCUGUUCCGGGCUUUCGGCAAAACUCAAUAAACGCGUACGGCUUUUUGUCUGCCUUCCUCACCUGGAUCGCAUCGAUUUGGCUUCUUUUUUACGCAAUUUUCCGCUGCAUCGUGCUUGUUCGUCCAAUAAUCGCUCGUAGGCCAUUCCUUGAAGUUCACGACCACGGGAAUACGAGAAGAUAU